CCGUCUGCCAGCGUUUCACUGGGCUUCACCUCCGAAAAAACCUCAGAUCAUAAACCACCGUAACGGAGACGGAGAAUCCGGACAGGAAAGGAGAAAACCCAGAGCCGAGCCUUCAAAAGACAGCCAACAAACAGAGGUUACGCAGAGAAGCCAGAGGAAGACUCUUUGGAUCCAGAGGAUGUUCAGGCCAUUUCUGAAGCCAAGGAGAAUAUCAGCGAGUUCAUCAAGUGGAAACAGCUCAGGGUGAAUGCUGCGCAGAAGAAAAAACAGCUGGCUGCUUUGGAGGAAAAAAAUCCAUGAGCAGCAGAGCGAGAUGAACAGAAGGCUCCGCGUGACUCUAAGGUUCGCCUGGUUUCUUGGAUGGCGGCGGGGUCUCCCAGUCCACCAGCAUCAGCCGCCUCCCACCCUGGCCACCGUUUUACCUGAAGAAACCCCGGAGAGGAAGCUGCAGUUCAGCCAAGCCACCUUGGAGAGAUACCGGACACUGAGAGAGCAGAGAAUAAAUUGUGUGGAUCAGGGGGAGCAGGAGGAAGCUGUGAGUUUAUUGGAGCAGCUGGAGAAAGAAAUGGACCUAGAGGAGGAGGAAGACAAAGAGAGAGGAGAAGAUGGGAGCUCCACAGUUUCUGCAGUAACCAGAUAUGACCAGGAGACACAGGUGGAGCUGAGUGAGCUGGAGGUGGAGCUGCAGAUGGACGACAAGAUCAGGCAGCUUCAUGAGCAGAACUGUCUGCUCCAACAGAUGGAGACCUCAGUUUGCCAGUUUGACACAGACCUUCUGCAGCUGCAUCGCCACAAGCUGCAUCUGGACAGCCAGCUGAAACAGGAUGACCUCCAGCUGCUCACGCUCUUCCAGGAGAUGCUGCUCCUCAAGCAGUUUGAGAAGAGGGAGGGAGAGCUGCAGGAGAGACUCAACGUCUGCAUUCAGGAGGAGAAGAACAUCUCGCGCCGCUACCUACCCAGCUGACUGAGCUAGGUAAGUAAACCACUGAGUGAAUGAAACCAGAACCAGUUUAUUAUUUGUCAGCUGGGUUUGUUUUGCCUUUUUCAGCUUCUGUGACGAGUCGAUGCGACAGAUUGGUGAACUGAGUAAACAUUUCAUCUAAUAACUAAACCUGGAUGAGGCUGCGACUUUACUUUCAUUGUCGAAGCUGGAGGAGUUCAAUGAGCUGCUGGAGCUGAAGAGGAGCAACAUCGCCAAGCUGCAGGAGAGAGAAAAGGCUCUGACCGCCGCCUUUAAGGCCUCACUCGGGGAAAAUAACCCGUUCCAAGAGUUCCUGACCAAAGUCUUCAGAAAGAAGAUCAAACAGAAGAAGAAAAAGACAGCGACGAAGACUCUGAUGAAGACAGCAACUCAGAUGAUGAUUGUGACAGCAUCAUGGAGGAAGGAGGAGCUGCUUUCGAUGAGAAUGUUUGUCCUAAAGACUGUGAACCGGAGCUGUUUGAAAACAGUCUGCAGCUCCGUGAGCGGAGGCUGGAUCUGGAGGAGCUGCUGGCGGAGGAGAAAAGUUUCGCCAAAUCUCUGAAGAAAUAAAGCGACCUGCUCAUCAGGAAGGACAAACCCGUAAGGACCAGCCUGCAGGCGGUGGAAACUGACUUGGAGUUAAUCAACCAGGAGAAGCAGCUGAAAAUGGACGAACUGGAUGUGGUGGUUCCUCUCAGACUGGAUCAGAUGAUCCAGAAACAACUGAUAACAGAUGAGGAGCAUCAGUCAAUAACAGAAGUGUUUAUAUAUUUCUAUCACCCUCUAUGAAAAAAACAUAUGAGCACACAGAUCCUGAGCUGUGGUGAUUUCAUCUAUAAAGUUCUGUGUUUCACCUCUAAUGUUGCUUCAGACUUCAGCUCUGAAAGGCUUCCCUGUCCUUGGUGAAGAAAAACAUUCCCACAGCAUGAUGCUGCCACCACCGACCUUCAAUGUGGCAAAUGUGUAUCCAUUAAAGUUUUAUUAAGGUAAGCAAAUGCAAGACACAGUUUUCUAGAUUUGUAUUUGUAAAAAAAAAAGAAAAAAAUGGUUUCAAGUAUGUAAUUACCACUACACACUAUACACAACAAUGGAAGGUUCUCAUGCAAGGUAAUGCAGAUCCGGUUCUGGGAAAAAUAGAAGGUGAAAGUAUAAAGGAAAACACUAGAAAAGAAAAAACUUUAUAAAAUAAAUCCGGUAAAAUAAAUGAUUGUAAAUGAAAAAUG